AUGUUCAAGAACAUCCUCCCAUCGCACAAGCGCAUAGCGUCGACAGACUUUACCAUGGUAACAAGUCUGGGUGACUCGUCUGCCAAUGGCAAGGAGAAUAAACCUCAGAUGUCGAACACCGCGCAAACUAAGGGCAGGCCACCGAACAACGGCGCCAAGAGCUUCGGCCAGCCAGCAGAGAAGGACAGGAGGAGGUGGUUGGAGAAGAAGAUUGUUGUAGAAUCUGAACAACAACCAGCUGAGAUGGAGCAAGCUUUCGAUAAACUAUUGGAUGAUCUACAAAUUCCUGAUACCCUACGACCAAAGCUGAAUGGCAUGGAUGCCACUGUGAAAGCAGCCAUGCUCAAGUCGUCCCACAUCUUGGUUUCGAAACCGUCGCAAUCACCCCCAAUGACCCCACGGACGGCAAGUCUCCGACGGACUCGAAGCAUCGACUCUAUAAGUUCUCCGGGUAGAUCGAACUCGGCUCUGGACGGCGAAGUUCUCCAACCUCCGCGACCGAACUUCGUUUACGGAGCCUCAUCUGGUGAACCUGGAAGUCCUCGAGGCACUCACAGCCGCGGGUCAUCUUUCGAUCUUACCAAACAUUUCUCUCGGAGUCAGGUCAACCUCGCCACUUCAAGCUCACUAGAUCUGAGCACCCUCGUCGGCUCCAAACCUAACAAGGAGAAAGUUCCCAACAAAAAUCUAUCGCCAGCGAAAUUCUUCAAUAUCCUCUCUGGCACAUCAAGCACCCAGAUGGAAGUUGAAACGAUUAAAAAAUUGAGACUUCUUCUGCGAAACGAAUCAGCAUCCUGGACACAAGAGUUCCUAAGUUUGGGCGGUUACAAUGCUUUGUUGACCCGACUUAACGAGAUUCUCGAAGUUGAAUGGCGGGAGGAGCAACACGACGACAAACUUCUUCACGAGCUACUUCGGUGCCUCAAGGCACUCUCCACCUCCAGCAUCGGGUGCUUUGCUCUCCGAAGUUCGUGCCCGACACCUUUCGUUCAGCUGAUGUCCCUUCUGUUCUCCGAUAAGAAGCCAGGCGAGGUGGCCACUCGUCAACUGAUCGUCGACCUUCUUUUGAUUCUCUUCGAACUCUACCCACAAAGCGCACUACCUGCCAUGUCUGGUCAACCCCGUCGCGAGGCUUGGGAGUCCACCGCUACGGUUUGCACAUCAAACGUCAUUACGCUUCCGGCACCACAUCGCAAUAUCUUCUCCCUCAUUCGCGCCCUCCUGCUGACACCCGCGCCACCGCCUUCCGAAUCUCCUGCAACCCCCAUUUCGCCUCACGCUUUCAUAGAGAACCUGCAUAAACCACGCGUAUACAAGACGUACUUACAGGAGCUUAGCGACGUUUGCAGAGAUUACUUCUGGGUGUUUUGUCAUCCAAAUAACACGAUCUGGCUUCUGAAUGAAGUUGACGAAGGCAAGGUAGAGAAGCCCAGAGCACCUGGCGGUAUGACAGGUGGAGUUGAAUUCGAAGCAAUGGGAUAUUUCACCAGUCAUUUGCGUCUAAUUAACGCCAUCGCCAAAUCUACCGAAGAUUUGAACCUGCCCAGAGACCAUGAGCACUCGGCCUACCGCUUCCACACCGACAUGUUCCUCUCCGGGUUAGAGCGUAUCAUUGCUAUCUCACGCAAGGCAUCGACCGUAUACUAUCCUAACCUACACCUCGAGUUGUCUAGAUACAUCGCUAUGGUUGGCCGGUCCGACUUUGAGCUUCCAUGGACCAUCACAAGGUUGAUUGGCCUGCCACCCACGGGCGUGUGCAGGAACCCCACACCCCCUGCUAGCGCGAACACCUCAAGCAGGAGUAGCACACCUGGCCCGCGAACCGGGCGUACCAACAGCACAUCCCCUGGGUUGCCACCCUCGGUGGCGCUGGAACCUAUCAAGAUGGGAGUAUGA